UAUACCUGGGUACCUGCUAUCCCUUAGUAAAAGAUUUUGCUAAAAUCACGCGCAAGAUAUGAGUGUUUCAACCAGUCCUUAAGCAUUUCAGAUUACAUCAACUCGAGGAAUUUUGGUUCCCUGUUGUGUGUCGACCACGAACUCAUGUUCCACUUCUAGAUGCUUUCUUUUCGUAUGCCUUUUCUCAAAUUUGUUUCAGAGAAACCGAAAAUAGAUCGAUUUUACAUCUGAUAUUGAUCGCCCAAUAGCGUUUCAAUUCAUUAGUCGUUUGCUUCAACUGAAUAUCGGAUUGACUGCUACCAUCAAUACCAAGAUGGAUAGUUCUUCUAGUCUAUUCAAGCCCCUUCAACUCGGACGAUGUCUACUGCAGCACAAAGCGGUUCUUUCCCCCAUGACCCGAUUUCGAGCGGAUGAUUCUGCCGUGCCGUUGCCGUUUGUCAAAGAGUACUAUACGCAGCGAGCGUCUGUUCCGGGCACUUUACUGAUCACGGAAGCAACUGCAAUCUCCCCCCGAUCCAAGGGGUUUGCAAACGUCCCUGGUAUCUGGGAAACGGAACAAAUCCGCGCAUGGAAAGAAGUUGUGGAGUCGGUUCAUUCGAAAGGGUCCUACAUCUGGCUUCAAUUAUGGGCCACAGGUCGCAGCGCAGAAGUAGAUGUUCUGGCUGCUAACGGAUUUGACCUCACAUCCAGCAGCGCAGUCCCAGUCGGACCAGAUGAACCUACUCCACGGGAAUUGACGGUGGCAGAGAUCGAGACUUACAUCGAGGAUCACGUACGGGCCGCGAAGAAUGCGAUCAUUGCAGGGUUUGACGGCGUCGAGAUACACGGAGCAAACGGGUUCCUGAUUGACCAAUUUUUCCAAGCGUCAUGCAACCAGCGAAACGACGAGUGGGGCGGGAGUAUCCAAAAACGUUCUCAAUUUGGUCUCGAGAUAACUCGCAGAAUUGUGGACGCGAUUGGCGCUGACCGCGUCGGCGUGAAGCUUUCUCCUUGGAGCACGUUCCAAGGGAUGGGCACCAUGAGUGACUUGACUGCUCAAUUCGAAUACGUAAUUAUCCGUCUUCGCGAUAUGGACGUUGCAUAUCUGCAUCUGGCAAACUCCAGGUGGGUGGAGGACGUCACACAUCCAGACGCCGACAACGAGACGUUUGUGCGCAUGUGGGGGAAGGAAAAGCCGGUCCUGCUGGCAGGAGGGUAUGAUGCAACGUCAGCUAAGCAGGUAGUUGACAAGACAUACAAAGGACAUGGCAAUGUGGCUGUUGUGCUUGGUCGGCUGUUCAUCUCGAACCCGGAUCUUCCGUUCCGUAUGAAGCGUGGGCUACCACUGCAGAAAUACGAUCGUGAUACAUUUUAUGUGCCCUUUUCGGAGAAGGGCUAUUUGGAUUAUCCAUUUUGUGACGAGUUUUUGUCUUCAAAGCUCAUUGGGCUAUCAACUUAGUAGCUCUUUGCGAUAGAC